ACCAAUAUGCAAGCGCCCAAACCUUUUUGCUAGAGGCUGAUCUCCAUCAGGGUCACUCUCCGCGGGACGCUUUUUUCCGUGAUAAACUCCCGCAUCAGGAUGCUGCGCCAUCCGAACACAAACAGCCGGGUAAUCAAUUAGAGAACUUUCUGCAAAGUAACAAGAAGAAUUUUAUAAUCUACCAUUUGCUAUCCUGGGCACGCGCAAAGUCAACCUGGUGCAACUGGAUGCAUCGCUGAAUGGGUAGCUUGAUGCGAGCACCUAAGCUUUUGAGGGAUGGGCAACUGGCUUUGACUCAUCUGCUGUCGCCCAUUAGGUCAAAACCCAGAACAUUCUACCAUCUUCACACUUCCCCUCCCCCUCCCCCACUUCGAAGUGCGUUACCUACAAACACCAUUUCACCACCAUUUAGAAUGGAUUCAAAUCUACAAAGUAGUCCAAAGUGGACUGCAAAGUCUGUUCGGGAUGCAUUUAUUCAAUAUUUCCAGCAAAAUGGACAUACUUUUGUUGCAUCAGCUCCUGUGGUUCCUCUCUCGGACCCAACCUUGCUUUUUACGAAUGCCGGGAUGAAUCAGUUCAAGUCGAUUUUCCUAGGCACCGUGGAUCCACAAUCUGAUUUUGCCAACCUGAAGAGCGCAGUCAAUACUCAAAAGUGCAUCCGUGCUGGCGGUAAGCAUAAUGAUCUAGACGAUGUGGGAAAGGACAGUUAUCAUCAUACCUUCUUUGAGAUGCUUGGUAACUGGAGUUUUGGCGACUACUUCAAGAAGGAAGCGAUCGGUUACUCUUGGGAACUCAUGACAAAGAUCUAUGGGUUGGAUCCGCAACGAUUAUAUGUUACCUACUUCGAGGGGAGCAAGGAGGGUGGCCUCUCACCCGAUUUGGAAGCCAAGGAGCUAUGGAAAGCAGUGGGUGUUCCGGAAGACCACAUUCUUCCCGGGAAUAUGAAAGACAAUUUUUGGGAAAUGGGUGAUCAGGGUCCUUGCGGACCUUGCAGUGAAAUCCACUAUGACAGGAUUGGGGGGCGCAAUGCCUCCAGCCUUGUCAAUCAGGAUGACCCCAACGUUCUUGAGAUUUGGAACAACGUUUUCAUUCAGUACAACCGUGAGUCAGACCGUUCUUUGAAGCCCCUCCCGAAUAAACAUGUCGACACUGGCAUGGGCUUUGAGCGUCUGGUCUCGGUACUUCAAAAUAAGUCAUCAAAUUAUGACACCGAUGUGUUUUCUCCGUUAUUUCAAACCAUCAAGGACAUCACUGGAGCACAGCAGUAUCAGGGACGAUUCGGUAUUGAAGAUCCGGAUGGAAUCGACACGGCCUACAGGGUUAUAGCAGAUCAUGUUCGAACCCUGACAUUUGCCAUUUCAGAUGGCGUCACACCGAAUAAUGAGGGCCGUGGUUAUGUGAUUCGUCGGGUGCUUCGCAGAGGUGCUCGGUAUGCCAGAAAAUACUUCAGGGUCGAGAUUGGCAGUUUCUUCUCCAAGAUCGUACCGACCCUUGUGGAUCAGAUGGGUGACAUGUUUCCAGAGAUCAAGCGGAAACAGCAAGACGUUAUGGAAAUACUUGACGAGGAAGAGAUUUCGUUUGCAAAGACUUUGGAUCGUGGUGAAAGGCAAUUCGAACAUUAUGCUCAGCAAGCUAAGGCCAAGGGAGAUGAUAAGCUCCACGGUGCUGAUGUUUGGAGAUUGUAUGACACUUUUGGCUUCCCAGUCGACUUGACUCGUAUUAUGGCAGAGGAACGUGGUUUGCGAAUUGAUGAUACUGAGUUCGAGGAGGCUCGCUCAAGAGCUAAGGAAGCAAGUAAAGGACAGAAAAAAGCUGCCGCCGACACCGUCAAACUGGAUGUUCACGAUCUCGGAAAAUUGGAGAAAAUGAAUGACGUUCGCAAAACGAAUGAUUCGGCCAAGUUUGAUAGAGGGAACAUUACUGCCCAGGUUAAGGCGAUCUACCAUGGAAAAUCCUUUCAUUCCUCAACGGAACAGAUACCCGAGGGUGACCAACUUGGGCUUAUACUUGAUCGCACGAAUUUCUAUGCCGAGCAAGGCGGACAGGAAAAUGACACAGGAAGAAUUGUCAUUGACGGACAGGCUGAGCUUGAAGUUGGCGAUGUUCAGCUUUAUGCUGGGUAUGUUCUUCAUACUGGAUUCAUGAAGUAUGGUUCGCUUUCUGUUGGUGAUGAAGUCAUUUGUGAAUACGACGAGCUUCGUCGGUGGCCCAUCAGAAAUAACCACACAGGCACGCAUAUUCUUAAUUUUGCGCUGAAAGAGGUACUGGGAGAUGGUGUGGAGCAGAAGGGCUCACUUGUUGCUGCUGAGAAGCUUAGGUUUGAUUUUUCUCAUAAAUCUCAGAUUGCAGAUAAAGAUCUGGAAAGGAUUGAGGAUAUAUCGACCGAGUAUAUUCGCCAGAAUUGCGCCGUCUACUCGCAGGAGGUUCCUCUCGCAACUGCCCGACAGAUCUCAGGGGUUAGAGCUGUUUUCGGUGAGACCUAUCCAGAUCCUGUUCGUGUUGUGUCUGUAGGCGUGGAGCUGGAGGAGAUCCUCAAGAAUGUUAAGGAUCCUCGUUGGGAAAAAGUUAGUAUUGAGUUCUGUGGUGGAACUCAUGUGCAAAAGACAGGCGACAUUAAGGAACUCGUUAUCCUAGAAGAGAGCGGCAUUGCCAAAGGCAUCCGCAGAAUAAUUGCAGUUACCGGAGAGGAUGCUCAUGAAGUGCAGCGCGUCGCUCUGGAAUUCGAGAAGCGUUUGGAUCGUCUUGAAGCAAUGGCUCUAGGUCCUGAGAAAGAACAGGAUGCCAAGCAAAUUCAAGUCGACCUUAGCCAGUUACUAAUUUCAGCGGUUCAAAAAUCAAGGUUCCGUGAACGCUUUACACAUAUCAACAAGCAAAUCAUUGAUUCGCAAAAAGCGCAACAAAAGCUUGAAUCGAAGAAGGCGCUCGAGGCAAUUACCUCAUACUUCCAAAACCCAGAAAACCAAGAUAAGUCGUGGCUUGUUGCUAAGCUUCCAAUCUCAGCAAAUGCAAAAGCUGUUAGCGAAUCCCUGAACCACGUGAAGUCGAAGCUGCAGGAUAAAACAGUUUACGUCUUGGCCGCGGACUCUAACCAAGGACGUGUCGUCCACGGCUGCUAUGUGUCAAAGGCAAUAAGCGAUCAAGGAGCUUCCGCCAGCGAAUGGGCGGCUAUUGUUUCUACUGCGGUCGGUGGAAAGGCUGGUGGCAAAGGGCCCACGUCUAUUGGCAAUGGUACUAGCCCAGACAAAACCGACGAAGCUAUCGCCUUGGCUUCUGAUUAUCUUAGCAAGUUCAAGCUUUAAGCUCUGGAUGCGGCUUUUAAUAAAUUGUGACACUACUGGCUUGUGAGGACAAGGAGGGGAAAAGAAAAGUAUGGCAAGAGAGCUUAUAGGUGUGUCAAGUGCUAUGGAUAGAGCUCAAGAAGGUCACUACAAGUAAUGGCUUCUUCGUUGCUUGGGCAUAUGGGAAUCCACUUCAAACAUCUUAGGGCUCGAAACGGCCUUUUGAUCAAGUAUCA